UUUUCUUGUUGUCAUUGCAGGACCCCUUAAAUUCUCGCUUCGCUGGUAUCUGAAGGGCCACGGCUCCGUGUAUCGUCCAAAACACCAACAUCGUUAUCGCUAUGACAGCGACAGCUAUAACAACAACAACAACAACAAUAAUGACCACCCCUCCAACAGCGCCCGUCGCGGGAACUAUAACCAGGGCGACUCUUAUUUUGGGGGCAGCAGACAGCGGAAGAGCCAAGAACUCGAUAACGACGACAACGACAACAACAACGAUAAUGAUGACAACAACAACGCAAACAACGGAGGGGUCCCGCUAAACAUCAAAACCGAUUCCGGGGCGCAACAGCAGCAAGAACAACAACAACAACAACAACAAGGCGUUCAGCAUGGUGUACGUCGCUUGAGACCCGCCUAUUCUCAGGGUUCAGAGAACAACCUGGGUGGCGGGGCUGGUGAUGGAAGUAGAAGCGGUCGCCAUCGACGCUACCAGAAUAACAACGCCCAACUGCAAGGGUUCAACUCCCAGUCAGACCAUGGUGGUGACGCUGCUGGGAACUCAGCCAGAGCUGUCGGAGGUGAAGAAAUUAUGGAAUGGAAGGAUAACGACGUCCGAUAUUUCCGCUACAAUUCUUCAAACAUUCCUGGCAUCUUCGAUUAUACGUGUCCGUUCUCUCGUGCCUCUUGGGGUUGUGUGAAGACAGCCUACAAUGUCUCCCAUGCCAAGCUCAUAUGCACCCAAGAUCCUGUCUGCAAGGCUUUUGUCAUUCUCUCCGGAGAGCCCGAUGAAGAAACCUUGUUGACAGUAAUCUUCAAGAACUCGUCUAAGUCCACCAUCCACCGGAACACAGGUGCCACGUUCUUCAUCAAAGUCUCCAGUCUGCUGGGCAGUCGUCGUAAAAGCAACAACCACCAGGCACCAAUGACCACGGUUGUCCAUGGAUUCAACGUGGUCGAUUGUGUGUCUCGUAGCCAGUCUGUCCACCAGACGGCCAGAAAUAUCAGGGAGAAGAGACUCAGGCAUCACAUUGGACUACGAGGAAUUACAGAAAGCCAAUGGUUAACCAUGAUGCGCCAUGCCACACUGGACAGAGCAUUUGACAUGAGCAGUACCGGACAGUUCCUCCUCAACCUCCACUGGACAGAUCUUUCCGAACUUAUAUCCCCUGAAAAAGGGGCUCAUAUGGGCACUGUGGUGUUUAAGGGGCAGCAAAACAGCAAAUCAUCCUAUGUGGGUAGCAUGAUUGUCUAUAAGCUGGACAGACUCUUAGGACUGUAUCAUACUCCCCCAGUUUCCAAAAUGGUUCUGACCGCUGCGACCUUACAAGUAAUCAGCAAGAACAAGCAGCAUUUGCAACAGUUGCAGGACCUGGCUGGCGUUGAUGGUUCCAUAGAAGGCUUCGUACAACCACCUCAACCGUCUUCGUUCACCGUCCAGUCUAUCACCCUCAGGCCACUUGACCAACUCACUGAUCAGCUGAACGAUAUAUCCAAAGCUGACAAACUCUUCCUGGAGUACGUCUUACUCAUUUGGUUGACCAAAAUCAAGUUGAACAACAAUCAUUACAUCGGGACCAAAGGUCAUGUGAUCCUGCUGAAUGGAGACCGGGCAUUUACAGAAUUCAAACCAGAAUGGUUGAAGUACUUCAACCAUUGCCGAUUUCCAAACAUCGUCUACAAGAUCCUGGCCUGUUUCCGCUGUAACCCUCCACCUGGUAAGAUACCUUCGGUGCCAGUCUGCGGACUUGGAGAACAGGUUUUCACAGAGCUCCAGCAUGACGGUGUCUACAUGGUGGACGUCUACCGCAAAAGCCGUGAACAGAUCAUGAACUCCGCAGCCGCUGACCUCCUCAACGUCGUUGACCUCUGCAUCCAGAAGCACGGACGCAAGCACGUCCUCUACUGAUUGGCUCGAGCCCAAGCAACAGCACUGUACCAGAGGGACAAACAGACAGACAGACAGACAGACAGCGCAAACAGGGCAAAUAAAUGAUUGGCUAGCAUGGUCAAACCUGUUGCCAGGUAGGCCAGGUGAUUGGUGGAGAAAUGGACCAAUAAAUGAACAGUUUGGUGGAAGGGUGGGCGGGUGGUUGGGGAUUCAUGGGUGUGUGGCAUGGAUGCACAAUACAUACAGAUAUGUGUAUAUAUAUAUAUAUGUAACUACUUGGACUUUAGGAGUAUAUCUAUUAGUAUGUUGAUCAAAGCCCUUUUGCAGUUUGGGCUAUCUGAUGUCAUCCACAGUAACGAUAUAAUUUUCAUUGGAUCUACGUCAGAAAAUCCACAAAUCAACAAUAUAUGUAUAUGUUUAUAAACACACCUGUGUGUGUGUGGGUGUACAUGUAAAAGUGUUGUAUGUUUGUAUGAUGUGUGUGUAUUUAUAUACAAGUAUGUGUGCAUGUAUGUAUAUGUUCAUUUAGAUGCAUUUGUGAGGAUCCACUUGUGUAUAUAGAUAU